CAGAAUGUGAGACUAGAGCAAGAGAGAGAAGACAUGUCCGUUAAGUGGGGUGUAGGAAGAGUUUGUUUUAACCCCCACUUUGCGACUGCCAAUUCAGUGGAAUAAAAGAUUUGAAAUUGCAAAAAAGAAAAUGUUGUUUACUGGUCUUGUUUGCAAGAGAAUGCAAUGGUGAGCCACGAUGCGACAACGAAUAGGCUAGGUCAUCAUGUCGAUUUGUUAUUUGUAUUGGAGACUGUAGAGAGGAAUGCCUUUUGAUUUUGCUAUAAGUUUGAGUUAAAACUUUGAACAAAAAGCUUGAAAAUUUGUCAUAAAAGGAGUCUGGUAUAUUCUGAGGGACCUGUUUGAAAUUAUUGAACAUGAUAUUAAGGCUUCCGAGGAAUGGCCUGAAACAAGUCUUUGUUGGGUUUUGUAUAGCAACAAUUUUCUGGUUAGCAGUAAUAUCGUAUUUACUAAAGGAACAACGAAGGACAUUUGAAAUAGCAGACACACGUGAUAGAGAGAAAUAUGCCCCGGAAAGUGUUAUAGAUGGAAACCAAGUUCCAAUUGGUAUAGUGAGAAAUGAUCAAGACUUGAAAAAACGUCACAAAGGCUACGAGAAGUUCUCUUUCAAUCUUCUCGUUAGUGAUAGAAUUGGAUAUCAGCGGAUACUCCCUGACACAAGACAUCAUCUUUGUCAACAAAAUGAGAAGAGCUACAAAGAGCAAUCACUACCUACAGCUAGUGUCAUUAUCUGUUUUCAUAAUGAGGCAAUGUCAACCCUUCUGCGUACAGUUCAUAGUGUACUAGACAGAACACCAGAUAAUCUUAUACAAGAAAUUAUUCUUCUGGAUGACAAGAGUGACAAGGGGAUAAGUUUUGACCAAUUGAUGCAGUAUGUAGCCCAAAAAAACCUGCAUAAAGUUCACGUAUUUAAAACAACAAGAAGAGAGGGUCUAAUCAGGGGAAGGCUUAUUGCAGCAAAAAAAGCUUCUGGAAAGGUGCUGGUAUUUCUUGAUAGCCAUUGUGAAGUAAACAAAAACUGGUUGCCUCCUUUGCUGACAAGAAUACAUCAAGAUAGGACCAGGGUAGUGUGCCCAAUGAUAGACAUCAUAAAUGCAGAUACAUUUGAGUACACAUCAUCACCAAUGGUUAAAGGUGGAUUCAACUGGGGACUCCAUUUUUCAUGGGAGCCUCUUCAGGAAAACCAGCUAGCAAGUGAAGAGGAAUUUGCAAAGCCAUUUAGGUCACCAACAAUGGCAGGUGGAUUGUUUGCUAUGGACCGAAAAUACUUCUUUAGAUUGGGUGGAUAUGAUGAAGGGAUGGACAUUUGGGGUGGAGAAAAUCUUGAAAUUUCUUUUCGUAUAUGGAUGUGUGGUGGCUCUUUAGAAAUACAUCCUUGCUCACGAGUAGGACAUGUGUUUCGGGAUCGAAGACCAUAUGGGAAUGCAGGGAAAGGGGAUACAAUGGGUUUUAAUUCCAAACGAGUAGCUGAAGUUUGGCUAGACAGAUAUAAAGUUCAUUUCUACAAUGUACGAACAGAUUUGAAAAACACAAAAUUUGGGGAUAUAUCAAGCAGACAGAAAUUACGUGAAAAUCUAAAGUGUAAAAAAUUUCAAUGGUACUUGGAAAAUGUCUAUCCUGACCUUUACAUUCCAUUAGAGAGAUCCGGGGCACCAUUUAGAAAUUCUUGGAUCAAUAAGAAAAAGUCCAAAGUUCUUUUCCAUGCUAAGCUGAAGAAUCAUGGGGCAGGAUUAUGUCUCGACUCAAGUGGUCUGGCAUAUGACAAAAAGAUGAAUGUCAUGCUAAAAUCGUGCAACAAGCUCAAUGUUAAGUUUUGGGCUUAUAAUGAACAAAAGGAGCUAAAAACAGAAGGAAUUUUGUGCUUAGAUGUUGUGCACAAGAUGGGUGCAUCUAAACUAAAGAUAAUGAAGUGUCAUGGUGAAAAUGCUGGACAAGAGUGGAGACUAUCAAAGAAACACAAGACGUUUUAUAAUCCAGCAACAGGAAUGUGCUUAGCAGCAGAUUCAAUAGAGCAAGUGGCUGUGUUGAAAAUAUGCAACCAUGAUGAAGAUCAAAAAUGGAUGUUGGCUGCGAAAAAUUUUGUAUGAAUUAUUCUACAAUAAAAUACCAUGAAUUAUAUUUGAAUGUUUCUUAAUAUUUGGCAAAAUAUAUUAAGAUUCAAAUUUUUAUGAAAUCAACAAA